CCACACAGAAAAGAGAAAAAGAGAGAGAGAAAGGAAAUGAAAGCUUCUCAGUUAUGGGGAUUCAUUUCUCUAUUGAUUUUCAUCUUCAGACUCAGACCAUCAAUGGCAGGAGGAGAGAAGGAGAACCCACUGAUCGAAACACAUUCGAAUCUGGUUGAAAUGGCCGGGUAUGGAGAGGACAAGCUCUCCUCCGUCCUUGUGAUCGGUUCUGUCAAUUGUGAGGCGGUCUUGGAUGGAGAAUCAGAACCUCAUUCAUGGCCCGUCUCAGGUGCAAAAGUAGCCGUUACAUGCAAAAGGGGAAGGCAAAAUAGGAACCCAGAUAGCACACAGGGAUGGACAGAUGAGUAUGGAGACUUCAUCAUCGACCUUCCGUCCCGCCUUCAUGCAAUUCCAAGUCUGGAAAAGUCAUGCUCUGUGAGGAUUUUUUAUCUGCCAAAAAUAACUCCCUGCAAGCAGGUUUUUGUAAGGAAGCCUAGAGGAUUAAGAUUAACAUCACUUGGGAAUGGCAUCCGCACUUACACCACCGGAAUGAUAACAUUCCAACAACCUCCUAAUAAACCUUAACAGUUGAAGCAUAAUGAAAGUCACGAAGAAAUGACCCCUUGGUGAGUUUAUUUUGGAAGAUCACCUGAGAUUAAAAUUGAGCUCAAUCAGAUAAGAGGGUCAUGGAUGUGACCCUAGUUAUGCAUCUUACAAAAAAUCAACCAGUAUGAUAGAAAGAUACAGGCAGCAGAUCUAUAUAGUCACUAUUUGUAAUAUGUUGUGCUUAUGGUUUGAUAUAGGUGUUAAGAUUGUAUAGGCCUUAUGUUACAUAGUAUAACAUAAAAUUCACUUCCAUUAA